CCAAUAAAUGACGUUAUUGCUGGCGUACGACUGCGGCGUAAUUGUGCUUAUACUAAAUGAAUGCACGUCCAAUGAGCAAACAGUCCAAGCGGAUAUUAUGAGCAACCAGGGAGAUAUCAAACCCACUAAAUCACUCUUAUGAUCCAAUGCGAUAUUGAGUUGAUAGUGACUCGCUUGCCUUUUCAAAAACACUUCGGACUCGAGAUCCAAAAGUUCAGAUUGAGCGAGCAGCGCUUCACCUCAGAAGACUUUCCUCCUUCAAAGAGUGCAGGGCAGAAUAAUGUGGCUCGCGCGGACCCUCCUCGCUCUGGCACUCCUUUGCGCACCAGUUUCCAGCCUCUGCUUACCAACAUACGACCCCGAGCCCAACUUUCUCUGCAACAACGAGGUGUUUUCCAAGGCGAAUGAUAAGGGUCAGCCGACGAACUCCCUGCUGGACAGUGUGAACCUGCUCUUCAAGUCAGCUCACGCGCUUUCCUCCGAGGAGCCGCGCGAGAGGAGGACAACUCCCGCGUCCAAAUACAGAUACUUGAGCCAGACGCAGCUCAGAAGUAAACUGUACCGCAACAGUGCGAAGAGCGACCGACGCAGCCAGGUCACUCUAUCCCUCGACGUGCCCACCAACAUUAUGAACAUCCUCUUCAACAUUGCCAAAGCCAAGAACCUGCGCGCGAAGGCGGACGACAACGCGCGUCUACUGGCGCAGAUUGGAAAGAGAAAAUGAACUCUUCGUGUUCGUGUCACCAAUUUGACUUGAGCAUUUUUGUAUCCACUUGAGGCAUGUUAUCUUUAAUUUAAUAAAGUUUGUUUUUCAGGUGCAUAUAGGCUAGCAGAUUGGCAAUAUUGGAAAUGAAUGGGACUUCAAAUUAUACAGGUGAUAUAAAUGGCGUUUGAUUUAGGAGGUGGGCUACCCAUUAAAGCGCAUAAUGGUUUAGAUACUUACGUUUGUUUAAUUGUUUAUUGUUUAACCGGAAAAAUUGACCUAUGACAUCCAUGACUGCAUUUUGAAAACACAAUUAUUGUUUUGAAACUCAAUUUCAACGCUAAAUUCAGAGAUUGUAGUAUCAAUUUAUGUAUUUUUUGACUGUUUUUUGCGCUGUGAAAGAAAAUACCGUUACUAUCUCUAUUCAUCAGCACAAUUUACCUAUCUCGGAUCGGAUGAAUGUUGACUUGACAAUUAUUAUUGAAAAAAUGUCAUAUGAAUAAAAUACACGGCUGAAGGGUUGGAUAUAAGUUCAGAAAACUUUCUGUUGAUGAAACCGACAGUUGAAU